CGCGCCGGGUUGCGCCUCAGCGUCGAAACCCAGAAGCCACCUAUUUCUCGCGAUACGAUUUCUCAGACGCUGGAAACAGAGGAUAAUCUCGCGCGGUUUCGUAAGAGGCAGGGAAAAAGCGACUUAAUUCCUUCAGCAGACAAAGGGGAGGGGCAUCGCGUCAUCUCGCGAGACUUGUCGCCGCCGCUCUUGCGCUCAGGGGUCCGGGAGUCAGUAGGGGAUUUGGGUUGUUUUAAGAUGGCGGAGGCGGCUGGAGCACGGAGCUGAACCCGUAGACUAUCCAGUUUGCACUGUCCCUCUUCUGAGUGUCUUCUGAGUGGAAGGUUUGCCUUGGCUUUUCUGGAGUACACUUGCGGCCUUGCAACAGUCUUUCAAUGCAGUUUUCCUCUUGUUCUUCGUGUCCUGCUGGUUCCAGCUAGAGUAAAGUAAUCCUUCAAUACUGAAAAUGAAGGUAGACCGGACAAAGCUGAAGAAGACCCCGACAGAGGCGCCUGCAGACUGCAGGUCUCUGAUCGAUAAGUUGAAAGUAUGCACCGAUGAGCAGCUUCUGCUGGAGCUGCAACAAAUCAAAACUUGGAAUAUUGGAAAGUGCGAGUUGUAUCACUGGGUGGACCUGCUGGACCGUUUCGAUGGGAUCCUGGCAGAUGCCGGCCAAACUGUGGAGAGCAUGUCUUGGAUGCUGGUGUGUGACAGACCUGAGAAGGAGCAGCUUAAGGCUCUCCUUCUGGCGGUCCUCAACUUCACCGCCUUGCUCAUAGAGUACAGCUUCUCCCGACAUCUUUACAGCUCCAUUGAGCACCUGACCACGCUGCUUGCCUCUUCUGACAUGCAAGUGGUGCUCGCUGUGCUAAAUCUCUUGUAUGUGUUCAGCAAGAGGUCGAAUUAUAUUACACGUUUGGCCUCCGACAAAAGAACGCCGCUGUUAUCACGGCUCCAGCACUUAGCAGAGAGUUGGGGAGGUAAAGAGAAUGGCUUUGGUCUUGCAGAGUGUUGCAAAGAUAUGCAGAUGUCGAAAUACCCACCUAGCGCUACAACUCUCCAUUUUGAGUUUUAUGCAGAGCCAGGAUCUGAAGUGAAAAUAGAAAAAAGGACGUCCAGUAACACACUACAUUAUAUUCAUAUAGAACAGCUAGAUAAGAUUUCUGAAAGUCCCUCUGAGAUCAUGGAAUCCCUCACCAAGAUGUAUAGCAUUCCCAAGGAUAAGCAGAUGCUUUUGUUCACGCACAUACGGUUGGCGCAUGGCUUUUCUAAUCAUAAGAAGAGGCUACAGGCUGUGCAGGCCAGACUACAUGCAAUCUCUAUACUAGUUUAUUCCAAUGCCUUGCAAGAAUCUGCAAACAGUAUUCUCUACAAUGGUUUGAUAGAGGAAUUAGUUGACGUGUUGCAGAUUUCAGACAAACAACUUAUGGACAUUAAAGCUGCAUCUCUAAGAACAUUGACCUCAAUUGUUCACUUGGAAAGGACUCCAAAGCUGAGUAGCAUCAUAGACUGUACUGGCACUGCCUCCUACCAUGGCUUCCUCCCUGUUUUAGUCCGUAACUGUAUUCAGGCCAUGAUUGACCCAACCAUGGAUCCAUACCCACACCAGUUUGCCACUGCCCUCUUUUCCUUUUUGUAUCACUUGGCCAGUUAUGACGCUGGCGGAGAAGCGCUGGUUUCUUGUGGCAUGAUGGAAGCACUUCUAAAGGUGAUCAAGUUCCUUGGUGACGAGCAGGACCAGAUCACAUUUGUGACGCGAGCUGUGAGAGUUGUUGACCUCAUUACAAACUUGGACAUGGCAGCCUUUCAGUCCCACAGUGGUCUGACCAUAUUUAUUUACAGAUUAGAGCAUGAAGUUGACCUGUGCAGGAAAGAGUGCCCAUUUGUCAUCAAACCAAGAAACCAACGCCCUAGCACUGUUCAGGAGGGUGAAGAGAUGGAGACAGAUAUGGAAGUUACCGAUGUGGCAAUGGAGGCCAGUCCUGGACCUUCCACUUCUGCAGAUUCGCGUCCUCCUGGUACAAGCUUCAGCACUGGGAGUGUAGGGUCUACUCGCUCAGGAGUGCAGUGCAUUCCCCAGAGAGCAGCUCUCUUGAAGUCUAUGCUGAAUUUCUUGAAGAAGGCAAUUCAGGAUCCAGCUUUCUCAGAUGGUAUUCGUCAUGUGAUGGAUGGAACUCUUCCCACAUCCCUGAAACACAUAAUCAGCAAUGCCGAGUACUACGGCCCUUCCCUUUUCUUACUUGCUACUGAAGUAGUAACAGUGUUUGUGUUCCAAGAGCCGUCUUUACUGUCUUCUCUUCAGGACAAUGGCUUAACAGAUGUGAUGCUUCAUGCUCUCCUUAUCAAAGAUGUUCCGGCAACCAGGGAAGUUCUAGGCUCUCUGCCCAAUGUCUUCAGUGCCCUGUGUCUAAAUGCCCGGGGCUUGCAGUCCUUUGUGCAAUGUCAACCUUUUGAACGGCUUUUCAAAGUAUUGCUUUCACCCGAUUACCUCCCUGCCAUGAGGAGGCGGAGGAGCUCAGACCCUCUAGCUUUGACCUCUCUCCGGUCUCCUGCAGGCGAUACAGCCUCUAACCUGGGCAGUGCUGUCGAUGAACUGAUGAGGCACCAGCCCACACUAAAAACAGAUGCCACCACCGCUAUUAUUAAGCUUUUAGAAGAAAUAUGCAAUCUUGGUAGGGACCCGAAGUAUAUUUGCCAGAAGCCAUCAAUUCAGAAAGCUGACGGCACGGCCACAGCUCCCCCACCACGUUCGAACCACGCGGCCGAAGAGGCUUCUAGCGAGGACGAGGAAGAAGAGGAGGUUCAAGCAAUGCAGAGCUUCACGGCAAACCAACAGAGCGAAGUUGAGCCAAGUCCGCAUGUUGUGGGAACUGAAGAGAGAAUCCCGAUUCCUCUGAUGGAUUAUAUUCUCAACGUGAUGAAAUUUGUGGAAUCCAUUCUAAGUAAUAACACAACGGACGAUCACUGUCAGGAGUUUGUGAGUCAGAAGGGUCUCCUGCCUCUGGUCACCAUCCUUGGUCUGCCCAAUCUACCUAUUGACUUCCCUACCUCUGCUGCCUGCCAAGCUGUGGCGGGUGUCUGCAAAUCAAUAUUGACUCUGUCUCAUGAGCCUAAGGUUCUCCAAGAAGGGCUUCUCCAGCUGGACUCCAUUCUUUCCUCGCUGGACCCGUUGCAUCGGCCUAUUGAGGCCCCCGGUGGCUCAGUGCUGUUAAGGGAGCUGGCAUGUGCUGGAAAUGUAGCAGAUGCCACUCUGUCUGCGCAGGCUACCCCCCUACUCCACGCAUUAACCGCAGCCCAUGCGUACAUCAUGAUGUUUGUACACACGUGCAGAGUGGGACAGAGUGAGAUCCGUGCCAUCUCUGUCAACCAGUGGGGUUCUCAACUGGGUCUCAAUGUUCUGAAUAAGCUGAGUCAGCUGUACUGCUCUCUUGUUUGGGAAAGCACUGUUUUGCUGUCUCUCUGUACUCCUAACAGCUUGCCACCUGGCUGUGAGUUUGGUCAGGCAGACAUGCAGAAGUUGGCUCCUAAAGAGGAGAAGGCAGCAAGUGCCUUGCCCCAGGGAACAAAGAGGGCAGAAGGUGAACCCGAGGUGAGUGCUGUCGGCGAGGAAGCCACUGGCUUACUAGAAGGUAUUGGACUUGAUGGGGAUGCGUUGGCGCCCAUGGAAACAGAUGAACCCAGCGCGUCGGACCCCAAGGGGAAACCAAAGAUCACCCCAGCAAUGGCUGCCAGAAUCAAACAGAUUAAACCAUUAUUAUCAGCAUCUUCGCGGCUCGGUCGUGCCCUGGCUGAACUCUUUGGCCUACUGGUCAAACUCUGUGUUGGGUCUCCUGUGCGCCAAAGGCGAAGUCACCAUGCAGCCAGCACCACCACAGCCCCGACCCCAGCCGCCCGCUCUACGGCGUCCGCGCUCACAAAGUUACUGACGAAGGGACUCUCGUGGCAGCCUCCUCCAUACACACCAACUCCCAGGUUCAGGUUAACCUUUUUUAUCUGCUCUGUUGGCUUCACCUCUCCCAUGUUGUUUGACGAGAGGAAAUAUCCGUAUCAUCUAAUGCUGCAGAAAUUCCUCUGCUCCGGUGGACACAACGCUCUCUUUGAAACCUUUAACUGGGCCCUCUCUAUGGGUGGCAGAGUGCCGGUGUCGGAGGGCUUGGAACACUCUGAUCUCCCGGAUGGCACGGGCGAAUUCCUGGAUGCUUGGCUUAUGCUGGUGGAAAAGAUGGUAAAUCCUACCACAGUCCUGGAGUCUCCUCACUCCCUGCCGCCAACCAAGUUACCCGGAGGACAGAACUACCCUCAGUUCAGCUCAUUGCGCUUCCUUGUAGUCACGCAAAAGGCAGCCUUCACCUGCAUCAAGAACCUUUGGAAUAGAAAACCUUUAAAAGUAUAUGGUGGUCGUAUGGCUGAGUCCAUGCUAGCUAUCUUAUGCCACAUACUGCGAGGGGAGCCAGUGAUUCGUGAGCGGCUGAGCAAAGAGCGUGAGGGUAGUCGGGAAGAAGAGGGUCAGCAAGAUGAAAGUGGAGCGAGGCGAGAGCCUCAAGUGAACCAGCAACAACUUCAGCAGCUCAUUGAUAUGGGAUUCACGCGGGAACAUGCCAUGGAAGCUUUGCUUAACACCAGUACCAUGGAGCAAGCCACAGAGUACCUCCUCACCCACCCUCCUCCUCUCAUUGGUGGAGUUGUACGGGACUUGAGUAUAUCAGAGGAAGAUCAGAUGCUGAGAGCCAUUGCCAUGUCGUUGGGACAAGAUAUCCCUAUGGAACAGAGGGCAGAGUUGCCCGAGGAAACAGCCCGUCGGAAAGAGGAGGAGGAACGCAAGGCGCGCGAGAAGCAAGAGGAGGAAGAGGCCAAAUGCUUGGAGAAAUUUCAGGAUGCGGAGCCGCUGGAACAGGACGAGCUUCAUAGUUUCACAGACACCAUGCUGCCUGGGUGCUUCCACCUGCUGGAUGAGCUGCCCGAUACGGUGUAUCGCGUGUGUGACCUCAUUAUGACCGCCAUCAAGCGCAAUGGGGCAGACUACAGAGACCUGAUUCUUAAACAAGUUGUAAACCAGGUGUGGGAAGCUGCUGAUGUCCUCAUUAAAGCCGCUCUGCCAUUGACAACAAGCGACACUAAAACCGUAUCGGAAUGGAUCAGCCAGAUGGCCACGCUUCCUCAGGCUUCUAACCUGGCCACUCGAAUCCUGUUGUUGACUUUGCUUUUUGAGGAGCUGAAGCUGCCGUGUGCCCGGAUUGUGGAGACGAGCGGCAUCCUGAAUGUUCUGAUUAAGCUGCUGGAAGUGGUUCAGCCGUGUCUGCAAGCUGCCAAGGAGCAGAAGGAGGUGCACACUCCUAAGUGGAUUACGCCUGUCUUACUACUGAUUGACUUCUAUGAAAAAACGUCCAUUUCUUCCAAGAGGAGAAUGCAAAUGAACCGGUAUUUACAGUCGAAUGGUAACAACUGGCGUUGGUUUGAUGACAGAUCAGGUCGCUGGUGCAGCUAUAGUGCUAGCAACAACGGCACCAUUGACACCGCGUGGAAAGCCGGCGAGACAUGCGUGCGUUUUACUGCUGGCCGACGGAGAUACACAGUUCAGUUUACCACCAUGGUGCAGGUAAAUGAAGAAACUGGAAAUAGGAGGCCCGUAAUGCUUACUUUGCUGCGCGUUCCGAGGUUAGUCAAAGGUGGCAAGAAUGGAAAUGGCCAGGAACUGGAGAAAACAUUGGAGGAAGCAAAAGAAGUGGACUUGGAUGCCAAACCAAAGGAGGAGAAGUCUUCUGAGUCCAUUCCUGCUUCAGAAAAUGCCACCACAGAAAAGGAACCUCCCGUUGAAGAGCCAAAAGUUGGGGACAUUGUUAUCCAGGGGCUGACUGAAGAGAUGGUGACCGUUCUCAUUCGUUCGUGUGUCAGCAUGUUGGGAGUCCCAGUGGAUCCGGACACUUUGCAUGCUACCUUGCGGCUGUGUCUACGUCUUACACGUGACCACAAAUACGCCAUGAUGUUUGCCGAGCUGAAGAGCACACGCAUGAUCCUCGGUUUGAAUCAGACCUCUGCAUUUAAUGGCUUCACCCCGCUAGUCACUCUCCUCUUCAGACACAUCAUAGAAGAUCCAUGCACUUUACAGCACACUAUGGAAAAGGUUGUCCGAUCUGCAGCCACAAGUGGGGCUGGUAGUACCACCUCUGGUGUGGUGUCUGGAAGCUUGGGUUCCCGGGAGAUAAACUAUAUCCUUCGUGUCUUGGGCCCAGCUGCUUGCCGAAAUCCUGACAUCUUCACCGAAGUGGCAAACAACUGCAUUCGGAUAGCUCUGCCGGCACCGAGAGGAUCGGGAACUGCCUCAGAUGAUGAGUUUGAGAAUCUCCGUAUCAAGGGGCCCAAUGCAGUACAGCUUGUAAAGACAACACCCGUGAAGCCUUCCACGCUUCCAGUCAUCCCCGAUACCAUUAAGGAAGUGAUCUAUGACAUGCUCAACGCACUUGCAGCUUACCAUGCUCCAGACGAAGUAGCAGAAAAGACGGAGCCCAAACCUGUGGGUAUGAACCAGGAGGUCAGUCAGAUCUUACAGGACAUGGGUGAUGAGGUUUUCCAGCAAUAUCGUGACCUCACGAGACCGGGUAGUGACUUUGAUGCUCAAAGCAGCUUUGCUAUCAAUGCUCGGGUCUUUACCACAGACAGUACCUCCACUGAGACUCCUCCAUCUGGAACUCCUCAAGGAGAAGCAUUGACCCCAGAAGAGAACCGAGAGGGAGGAAAGAAGGAUAAGGAAUCAGAGCGGAAUUCAGAGGACGGGAGACUUAAAGCAAGAGCUAGUAAACCCCUGCUUCCUACCUCUACCAUCCUCCGGCUGCUGGCUGAACUAGUCCGCUCGUACGUGGGUAUUGCUACGCUGAUUGCCAACUAUAAUUACACUUCUGGCCAGUCGGAGCUUAUUAAAGAGGAUUGUAGUGUGCUGGCUUUUGUUUUGGACCACCUCUUGCCACACACACAAAACGCAGAAGACAAGGACACUCCAGCUCUGGCGCGCCUUUUCCUUGCUAGCCUUGCUGCUGCUGGAAGUGGCACCGAUGCCCAGGUGGCGCUUGUUAAUGAGGUCAAAGCGGCCCUUGGUCGAGCAUUAGCUAUGGCAGAGAGCACAGAAAAACAUGCCAGGUUACAGGCAGUAAUGUGUAUUAUAAGCACCAUCAUGGAGUCCUGCCCAUCGACCUCCAGCUUCUAUAGCAGUGCAACAACCAAAACGCAACACAAUGGAAUGAACAACAUCAUCCGACUGUUUCUAAAGAAGGGCCUUGUCAGCGACUUGGCUCGGGUACCUCACAGCCUUGAUCUCUCCAGCCCAAAUAUGGCCAACACUGUAAAUGCAGCCCUUAAACCUCUAGAGACCUUGUCUCGGAUUGUCAACCAGCCUAGCAGCCUGUUUGGUAGUAAAGGAGCAUCAGGAAAGAAUAAAUCGGAACAGGACACCCACGGAGCCUCCAGAGACCCCAACAGUAACCAACCAGACACAGGUGAAACGGGAGCAGAGGCUCAAGAGGAGGAUCCAGAUGUAUCCCAGGCUGAAGUAACUGAUGGAGACAUGGAUGGAGAGACGGAGUCUGAUACUGUAGUUAUUGCAGGGCAGCCAGAAGUCCUCACCAACCAGGCAAUGCAGGUGGAAAAUGAGCUUGAGGAUUUGAUAGAUGAGCUUCUAGAUCGUGAUGGAGCUGCAGUGAGCAGAGUUGGUGAAGAUGAAUCGCAAGAGGAUGUGUUAAUGGAUGAGGCUCCGACUAACCUUAGUCAAGCGUCGACCCUCCAGGCAAACAGAGAAGAUUCUAUGAACAUCCUUGAUCCAGAGGAUGAGGAGGAGCACACGCAAGAGGAAGACAGCAGUGGCAGCAAUGAGGAUGAAGAUGACAGCCAAGAAGAGGAGGAGGAGGAAGAAGAGGAAGAUGAAGAUGACCAGGAUGAUGAGGAAGGUGAAGAAGGAGACGAGGAUGAUGACGACGACUGCUCAGAGAUGGAGCUCGAUGAGGAUUACCCAGACAUGAAUGCUUCCCCACUUGUGCGCUUUGAACGUUUUGACCGAGAGGACGACCUCAUAAUUGAAUUUGACAAUAUGUUUUCCAGCGCAACCGACAUCCCUCCAUCUCCUGGUAACAUCCCCGCCACGCACCCUCUCAUGGUGCGCCACGCAGACCACAGUGCCCUCACUCUCGGUGCAGGGACGUCGACUACUCGCCUGGCACAGGGAAUCGGUAGAAGUCAGCGGACUCUUCGGCAGCUCACAACCAACACCGGCCACACUAUACAUGUUCACUGUCCUGGCAACAGGCAACCAAACCCACCCUUAAUAUUGCAGAGGUUGCUGGGUCCCUCGGCCGCCGCUGAUAUCUUGCAGCUGAGUAGUAGCCUUCCUCUUCAGAGCCGAGGCCGGGCGCGUCUCCUUGUAGGAAAUGAUGAUGUCCACAUCAUAGCUCGAUCUGAUGAUGAACUUCUGGAUGAUUUCUUUCAUGAUCAGAGCACAGCCACUAGCCAGGCUGGUACUCUCUCCAGUAUUCCUACCGCAUUGACUCGCUGGACGGAAGAAUGUAAGGUCCUAGAUGCUGAAAGCAUGCAUGACUGCGUGGCAGUUGUAAAAGUCCCAAUAAUAAACCAUUUGGAGGCUUUGCGUGACGAAGAACUCGAGGAGCGACGUGAAAAGCGGCGCAAGCAAAUGGCAGAAGAAGAUGCCAAGAUGGCAGAUAAAGCUAAAGAAGAGAAGGAGUCGAAAGACCCAAACUCACAGGCUUCCAAUUCCAAGCGAAGCAUGCCUUUCGAGUUGAGCCUUACAGGAAUUCUUGACUCGCACACCCUCCAACCUGCAAUACAUCCCACCAGUAAUUGGCCUCUGUUUAUGUCCACCAUAGAGCAAGAUGGAACUGGGCGCCCUGAGAAUUUCCCCACUGCUCCUUCUUCUGCAGAAGGAACACCAACAAGUCCAGAGCUGGUUCCUUUGGAUCCUUCUAUGCGUGCUCUUCCUCCGGAGGCUUCCUUGGCAGAAAUGCCACAGAGUUUGCAGACGGGGUCCGGAGCCGAUGAAGUUGGACAGCUGUUAAUGCCAACAGAACAAGAGCCGUCGGCACCAGGAAGACCCAGUGCGGAGGGGGAUGCGACUCAGAUGGAACUGUCUCCAGCACCCACCAUCACUUCCUUAUCACCUGAACGAGCAGAGGAUUCAGAUGCCCUGACUGCAGUGAGCAGCCAGCUGGAGGGCUCACCCAUGGAUACUAGUAGCCUCGCCUCUGGACCUCUAGAGGAAGGUGUCGGGGAAGCAUCUGGGGUUGUAAAUCAAGAACAGCCGUUGGUCAGCAGUAGUGUCGCAGUUGGUCAACAGGUUGUGGAACCACCAAGUCAAUCCAGCAGCCAGACAUCGGUGUCUCAACACAGUGAGGAGAGUUCUUCGGGUGCUCCCUCCUCUGAUUUGCCCUCCGUCAGAGAUUCUAGCAUGUCCUUGUUGGCAACAGAUUCCAGUGGGAUCCUUGAAGAAGCCCUGCCGUCCACGAGUAGCGAAGAUGAUGAUCCGCUCGCAGGUAUAAAUCUCCCCGAAGGAGUGGACCCGUCCUUCCUUGCAGCUCUUCCAGAAGAUAUACGCAGAGAGGUGCUUCAGAACCAGCUGGGCAUCCGACCGCCUGCACGGGCACCACCUACGGCUGUGCCGGUCAUCCCACCACCUGUGGUCGGCAGCGCUGGUGUCACAGAGGUCAGCCCAGAGUUCUUGGCAGCUUUACCACCUGCCAUACAGGAAGAGGUGCUUGCCCAACAGAGAGCAGAGCAGCAGAGGCGUGAACUUGCUCAGAGCACUACUUCUGACAACCCCAUGGACCCCGUGACCUUCAUUCAAACCUUGCCAUCCGACCUGCGCCGCAGUGUUCUUGAGGAUAUGGAGGACAGCGUUCUAGCAGUAAUGCCCCCUGACAUUGCGGCUGAAGCUCAGGCUUUGCGCAGAGAACAAGAGGCAAGACAAAGACAGCUAAUGCAUGAGAGGCUGUUUGGUCACAGCAGCACGUCUGCCCUCUCGGCCAUACUCAGGAGCCCAGCUUUCACAAGCCGUCUGAGUGGGAAUAGAGGAGUCCAAUACACACGUCUGGCUGUGCAGAGAGGAAGCACCUUUCAGAUGGGUGGCAGCAGCACCCACACCAGGCCGGCCGGCAGCAAUGUGGACAGCCUGUUGCGACUGCGAGGACGCCUGUUGCUUGAUCACGAGGCCCUCUCUUGUCUUCUCGUCUUGUUGUUCGUGGAUGAGCCCAAGUUGAACACCAGUCGGCUGCAUCGCGUCCUGCGCAACCUCUGUUACCACGCGCAGACCCGUAACUGGGUAAUUCGCAGUCUACUGUCAAUCCUGCAACGCAGCAGCGAGAGUGAACUCUGCAUAGAAAGUCCCAAGACUCCCAUCGGAGGCCCCGAUAAGAGAGGGACUGUCAAGUCCUGCUCUUCCAGCCAUGACAGCCGCCCGUUAGAAUUGAUGCACAGGGUGGAUUCCAAGAACUCCAACCAGCUUUCCUGGCUCUCUGUGUCCAUGGAUGCCGCUCUUGGCUGUCGCACCAAUAUCUUCCAAAUCCAGAGGUCCCUGGGGCGCAAGCACACUGAGAAGCAUGCUGCCUGUGGCUCCACGGUCCACAUACACCCACAAGCUGCGCCGGUGGUUUGCAGGCAUGUGUUGGAUACGCUUAUCCAGUUGGCCAAGGUGUUCCCCAGCCAUUUUACACAGCAGCGCGCCAAAGAGUGCAGUGCAGAGAGCAGCGAUGGCAGGGAGAGGAAUAUAAAGGUCACCUGCAGCCCCUGCCUUCCACCGUCGGGUGCUACUGGGUCAAACAACAUCUCCACAGAUUUCUGGGACUUGUUGGUCAAAUUGGACAAUAUGAAUGUGAGCCGCAAAGGGAAAACCUCUGUAAAGUCUGUGCCCGUGAGCUCGGGGGGAGAGGGCGAGAGCUCCCAGUGCAGCCUGGAAGCUUCGCCUCUUGGACAGCUCAUGAAUAUGUUGUCGCAUCCUGUUAUCCGACGCAGCUCGUUACUCACGGAAAAGUUGCUUCGUCUCCUUUCCCUCAUCUCCAUUGCCCUGCCUGAUAAUAAGGUGCCGGAAGUCAAUCCAGCGAACGCAACCGCUCCCGUGCCUGCCCCCACCCCUGCUGCCGCUUCACUACCUGUGCCUGUACCAGCAGUGACCGUGCCGUUGGCAGUCGCCACAAGUGUGGUGUCCACAGUUACAAAAAGCGGCAAAUCUCCAGCUAAAUCCAGCGACGCCAGUGGUGUCCCGGAAAAGAUGGCGGCAUCAGGCCUCACUGAGAAACAGCUGCAGCUUUCUGUUGAGGUGCUGACAUCCCAUUCGUGUUCAGAGGAAGGCUUGGAGGAUGCCGCAAACGUGUUACUACAGCUCUCGCGGGGUGAUGCCGGCACGAGGGACACCGUGCUGAAACUGCUCCUUAGUGGAGCCCACCACUUGGGAUACACUCUGUGCAAACAGAUAGGUACCCUUUUGGCGGAACUGCGCGAGUAUAACUUGGAGCAGCAGAGACGUAUUCAGUGUGAGGCCCUUUCUCCGGAUGGAAUGCCGGAAGAACAGCCCCAGAACACCAAAGCAAAGGGCAAAAUGCAGAGCAGGUCUCUCCCCGCCCCGUCUUUGCGCUCCAGGUUUGACAUCGCGGAAAGCGUGGUGAUCGUGGCAUCCCAGAAGCGCCCGCUAGGUGGCAGGGAGCUGCAGUUGCCCUCGAUGUCCAUGCUGACUUCAAAGACUUCCACGCAAAAGUUCUUCCUGAGAGUCCUGCAGGUCAUCAUCCAACUCAGAGACGACACGCGCCGAGCUAACAAGAAGGCAAAGCAGACCAGCCGACUAGGGGCUGCCAGUCUGGCCUCGGCUAGCAGCAUCCAGGCAGCUGUGCAGCAGCUGGAGGCUGAGGCUGAUGCCAUUAUACAAAUGGUACGUGAGGGUCAAAGGGCACGAAGACAGCUGCAAACUGCAACGGCGGAGGGUUCGGCUCGCAGAGAAGAGUCUCCAAUGGAUGUGGACCAGCCCUCUCCGGCCACACAGGACACGCAGUCAGUUGCUUCUGAAGGCUCUCAGGCUGCAGAGAAGAAAGAGGAAGAGCGGCUGCCAGAGUUACCGCUGCUGAGUGAACAGCUCAGCCUUGAUGAGUUGUGGGACAUGCUGGGAGAGUGCCUGAAAGAGCUGGAGGAGUCUCAUGACCAGCAUGCUGUUCUGGUCCUCCAACCAGCAGUAGAAGCCUUUUUCCUUGUCCAUGCAACAGAAAGGGAAAGCAAGCCUCCAGUACGAGACACGAGGGAGAGCCAGCUAGCUCACAUUAAAGAUGAGCCACCUCCAUUGUCCCCGGCCCCGCUUACGCCUGCAACCCCUUCUUCCUUGGACCCCUUCUUUUCUCGGGAACCUUCGUCUAUGCACAUCUCAUCCAGCCUGCCUCCGGACACACAGAAGUUUCUGCGCUUUGCAGAGACCCAUCGCACUGUGUUAAACCAGAUCCUACGACAGUCUACCACCCACCUUGCCGAUGGUCCCUUUGCUGUUCUGGUGGACUAUAUCAGAGUUUUGGACUUUGAUGUGAAACGCAAAUAUUUCCGCCAGGAGCUUGAGCGUCUCGAUGAAGGGCUGCGCAAAGAAGACAUGGCUGUUCAUGUGCGACGCGACCAUGUCUUUGAAGACUCGUACAGAGAACUUCACCGAAAAUCUCCUGAAGAAAUGAAGAACAGAUUGUACAUAGUGUUUGAAGGUGAGGAAGGUCAGGAUGCCGGUGGGCUGCUCCGGGAAUGGUAUAUGAUCAUCUCCAGAGAGAUGUUCAAUCCCAUGUAUGCACUGUUCCGCACAUCUCCUGGUGACCGUGUCACUUACACCAUCAACCCUUCAUCGCACUGUAACCCCAACCACCUCAGCUACUUCAAGUUUGUGGGUCGUAUUGUGGCUAAAGCAGUGUAUGACAAUAGACUGCUGGAGUGUUACUUCACACGGUCCUUCUACAAGCACAUCCUUGGCAAGUCUGUCCGGUACACAGACAUGGAAAGUGAAGAUUACCAUUUCUACCAAGGUCUUGUCUACUUGCUCGAGAAUGAUGUCUCCACGCUGGGAUAUGACUUGACGUUUAGCACCGAGGUUCAAGAGUUUGGAGUAUGUGAAGUUCGUGAUCUGAAGCCUAACGGGGCAAACAUUCUAGUAACUGAAGAUAACAAGAAGGAAUACGUUCACCUUGUGUGCCAGAUGAAGAUGACGGGUGCCAUUCGCAAGCAGCUGGCCGCUUUCCUGGAAGGAUUCUAUGAGAUCAUUCCCAAACGUCUUAUCUCCAUCUUCACGGAGCAGGAACUCGAGCUACUUAUUUCCGGCCUGCCCACAAUAGACAUUGACGAUCUGAAAUCCAAUACAGAGUAUCACAAGUACCAGUCCAACUCCAUCCAGAUUCAGUGGUUUUGGAGAGCGCUGCGCUCCUUCGACCAGGCUGACCGGGCCAAGUUCCUUCAGUUUGUAACUGGAACCUCUAAAGUUCCCCUGCAGGGCUUCGCUGCUCUAGAAGGAAUGAACGGCAUCCAGAAAUUCCAAAUACACCGGGAUGAUCGAUCUACAGAUAGACUGCCUUCUGCCCAUACUUGUUUCAACCAGCUGGACCUCCCAGCGUACGAAAGCUAUGAAAAGUUACGUCACAUGCUGCUGUUGGCCAUCCAGGAGUGCUCAGAAGGAUUUGGCCUGGCUUAGGACGCCCUUACCGUGCAUUCUUUUCUAUUACUGGACUUUAGUGAGAGAAAAAAAAAUUCAAGCCAUGCAUCAAUCUUGCUCACCCUGCUGGCACCACGAAGAGGAACUUGCCUUCUGAAGAUGCCGCCUGUCUCAGAUCCCUUCCGGUGGUGAACUUGUUGCGCUGAGAUUUGGGAAAAAUAAUUAAAAAAAUAAAAAAAAAUGCCGCUCUGAAGGACACGGAGAACGGAGAGAAGCAGGGGGGAAAUUAUAUAUAAGUAUAUAAAUAUAUAUUUUUUUCUGUUUUGCUUUUCAGUUUGCUUAAGGAUGAGUUGUGAUGCUCAACUUUUUCAAAAAGAAAAGUUCAGACAGCAGGGUAAAAAGAAGCUGGUGGAAACGUUAAAAUAAAGAUGUGAAUAGAGGGGGGAAAAAAGACGCAAAUCGGAAACCUAGAGCACUCUCGUUAAGAAAUAGCCACUAUUUCCAACGCUAUUUUUUUCUUUUCAGCUUCAAAUAAAAUACAGAGGUGUUUACCUGUAAAUAAACCACUGAACCUUAUUGAUGCAGUUUUUCUUAAUGCCCCUCUUUCGGUUGGUGCUCCGAGUAUUGGAUGGGGCGGAAAAGAUGGCGGGGCAGACGAAAGAGUUUAAAAGGCACAGCAAGUCAUGGGAAAAAUCUAAAUUUGUAAUCGGUUCAGCCCAAGUUCAUUCUGUUCAAUACCCCCCCCCAUUUUGUUUCUCCCCGUUAUAUUUAUUCAGUCUUUUCCCUUCUAAUUGGAUUUUGAGUUUGGAUUGCUAGACUUAUUUUUUGUGUUGGGAUUUUUUUUUUUCAUUUUCUGAAAUCAAAAUAAAAAUGAAGAAAAUUUUUAAACCUAAUACAAGGUUUCUCUGUAAGUCUUCAGAUACUAGGAAGGCCGAGACUGUUAAAGGGGGGGCUGCGCUGUGAUUAGGGAAGGAGGUUGCGCUGUGAUUAGGGAAGGAGGUUGGAGGUAGUGGUCGGAUUGAGCAAACCCGGCAGUUCUGCCAGACCUUAUUCUCAGCCUGUCAUUCCUGGUACACAUCUCACACGCUGUGCACAAGAUAUAGGGAUUAAGCACUUGUGUCAACUAGACCAUUCAGGAGUAAUUAAAGCAAGUGUUUGAAUAAAGGUUUAGUUUGAAAACCAA